AUGGCGGCCACCUACAACACCUUCAACCUACACACGACUCCUGAGAAGUUCUUCAUCGAGGCCUGUGACGACAGAGACGUGCUCACCAUCGACCGUGUGUCCACAGAAAUGAGCCUCGCAGUGAGGAAGGAUGUGUCUCCGUCAGCAGUGACGCGACCGAUCUGUGGCAUCAUGGGAACUAUUCGGCUGGUGGCAGGCACGUAUCUCGUCGUCAUUACAAGGAAGAAGAAGGUGGGCGAUCUGCUCGGUCACGCCGUCUGGAAAGCCACUGACUUUGACAUAAUUUCCUACAAGAAGACGGUUCUUCAUCUGACUGAUACUCAGAUGCAAGACAACAAGGCCUUCCUGUCGAUGAUCAACAGCGUCCUGAACGCAGACGGUUUCUACUUCUCCACAGACUACGAUCUGACGCACACUUUACAGCGGCUGGCUAACACCAGCCCCGACUUCCAGGAGAUGACUCUGCUGGAGCGCGCGGAUCAGAGAUUUGUGUGGAACGGUCACCUGCUCAGAGAAUUCAUCGCACAGCCGGAGCUGCACAAAUUUGUCUACCCUGUUGUUCACGGCUUCAUCGCCAUGAAGUCGUGCUGCAUCAACGGCAAAAUCUUCGACUGGAACAUCAUUUCCAGGAGGAGCUGUUUCCGCGCUGGCGUCCGCUACUACGUCAGAGGCAUCGACUCUGAAGGUCAUGCGGCCAACUUUGUUGAGACGGAGCAGAUUGUUCAGUAUAAUGGAGCAAAAGCCUCAUUUGUUCAGACUCGAGGCUCCAUCCCGUUCUACUGGUCUCAGAGACCAAACCUCAAGUACAAACCAAAACCACAGAUCAGCAAAAGCAUCAAUCAUCUGGAUGGUUUCCAGAGGCAUUUCGACUCUCAGAUCAUCACGUACGGCAAACAAGUUAUUCUGAACCUGGUGAAUCAGAAAGGCUCAGAGAAGCCGCUGGAACAGGCCUUUGCAAAGAUGGUGAACAGUCUGGGCAACGGCAUGAUCAAGUACGUGGCGUUUGACUUCCACAAGGAGUGCAGCCGUAUGAGGUGGCAUCGCCUGCAGAUCCUGGUGGACAUGGUGGCGGAAAUGCAGAACGAGUUCGGCUACUUCCUGGUGGAUUCGGACGGGACGGUCCAGUUACAGCAGGACGGGACGUUCAGAAGCAACUGCAUGGACUGUCUGGACCGAACCAACGUCAUCCAGAGUCUGCUGGCGCGCCGCUCGCUGCGGUCGCAGUUAGAGAGGAUGGGAGUUUUACAUGUGGGGCAGCGGAUUGAAGAACAGGCAGAUUUUGAAAAAAUAUACAAGAAUGCAUGGGCGGAUAACGCCAACGCUUGUGCCAAACAGUACGCCGGGACCGGAGCCCUGAAGACCGACUUCACACGGACAGGAAGGAGAACGCAGUGGGGUUUGCUGAUGGACGGAUGGAACUCUAUGAUCAGAUACUACAAGAACAACUUCUCAGAUGGCUUCAGACAGGACUCCAUUGAUCUGUUUCUGGGUAAUUAUGCUGUGGAAGAGGCAGAUAUGAACACUCCUUUACAUGAGCUCAAAGACUGGAAGUUCCUCACGCUGCCGAUCAUCAUGGUAGUUGCUUUCUCAAUGUGCAUCAUAUGUCUCCUGAUGGCUGGUGACACCUGGACGGAGACGCUGGCAUAUGUGUUGUUCUGGGGCUCGGCGAGCGUCGUGACGGCCGGCGUGAUCCUCUUCAACGGCCGGGACUUCGUCGACGCGCCCAAACUGGUGCAGAAGGAGAAGAUGGACUGAACCUGCGCGUGUGGGAAGCAG